CUUUUUUAUGUCUUUCGAUGGCUCUAACACUCCUAUCCUAUCGGCAAUCACCUCACUAACUCAACCUCCUCUCACCGGACUCAGUCCACCACUCGAAUCGAUUCCGCUACUCAGCCACCACGUCCUCCUGCCUCUCUCUCUCAUUUCCAGUCGCCAUAACCAAAUUCUUCCUGCCUCCAGCUAUUAAGACCACCGAGCUUUGCUAGUGUCUGACCCACUCGACUAUAUUCCGGCGGCACCCACCAGUCAUCAGCGGACCCAGUUUCCGUCGACGGCGUCCCAGCCCACUCCGCCUCCAUAAGGUUGCUCUUCGAGUAUGUAUUGUAGUAGUUUCAGCUGUACUUGUGCUUUUACAGAGACUGUAAUAGCUACUCUGAGUCAUAGUGAGUCAUUUAAAGGAAGAAGCUUUGGAAAUUUAAAGGUUUGCACAUAUGGGUACUUGAGAAAUAGGUUGAAAGUGAGGAGCAAACAAAUAGGUUUAUGUGUGUUUGUUAUGAAAAUUCCAAAGGAAGGGGUUGAACUGGCCAAGAAGAAGAAAGUUGUGAUAUCUUCAGAAGAGGUUAUAAGGGUUCUUAAGUCUACCAAGAACCCAAAUUCUGCUUUUUCAUAUUUUAUGGUUGUUGCUGGGUUACCCAAUGUUGUUCACACUGCUGAAACAUGCAAUUACAUGCUUGAAGUCUUGAUGACUCAUAAGAGGGUGGAGGACAUGGCUGUUGUGUUUGAUUUCAUGCAAAAGAAAAUAGUUUACCGAAACUUGAACACUUAUCUUGCUAUUUUUAGAGGUCUUCACAUAAGGGGUGGAAUUCGACAAGCACCAAUUGCUCUUGAGAAAAUGAGAAAGGCUGGGUUCGUUUUGAAUGCAUAUUCAUAUAAUGGGUUGAUCUAUAUGCUUCUCCAGUCAGGAUUUUGUAGGGAGGCUUUGAAGGUUUACAACAUAAUGGUCAUGGAAGGGAUGAAGCCAGACUUGAAGACUUAUUCAGCACUUAUGGUGGCAUUUGGAAAGCGAAGGGAUACUCAAACUGUAAUGUGUUUGUUAGCAGAGAUGGAACAUUUGGGAUUGAGGCCCAAUAUUUAUACAUUUACCAUAUGCAUUAGAGUUCUUGGAAGGGUUGGGAAAAUUGAUGAGGUUUAUGAUUUAUUGAAGAGAAUGGACGAAGAGGGAUGCGAGCCAGAUGUUAUUACUUAUAAUGUUCUCAUUGAUGCUCUUUGUAAGGCAGGUAAACUUGAUAAUGCAAAGUCUUUAUUUGUAAAGAUGAAAGCUAGCAGUCACAAACCUGAUCGUGUAACUUACAUUACUUUGUUGGACAAGUUAAGUGAUUGUGGAGAACUGGAAACUCUGAAAGAAAUUUGGGAUGAUAUGGAAAUUUAUGGUUUUUCUCCUGAUGUUGUCACGUUCACCAUUCUUAUUGAUGCUUUAUGCAAAUCAGGCAAUGUUGACAAAGCAUUUGAUACUCUAGGCGCCAUGAAGGAGAAAGGGAUCUCACCAAAUGCUUACACUUACAAUACCUUGAUUGGGGGACUAAUAAGGGCAAGUAGGUUGGAUGAGGCUAUAAAACUUUUGAGUGAUAUGGAAUUCUUGGGCUGUCCUCCAAACACAAUAACUUUUAACUCUAUCCUGGAUUGCCUCUUUAAGAAUGAAGAGGUGCCAUUUGCCUUGGAAAUGCUUUCUACAAUGUCAACAAUGAACUGCUGUCCUGACGUCUUCACUUAUAACACCAUCAUUCAUGGAUUAAUCAAGAAAAACAGAGUCAAUGAUGCAUUUUGGUUUUUCCAUCAGAUGAAGAAAUCUCUAUAUCCUAAUCACGUAACUAUACUCACCAUCAUUCCAGGUGUAAUGAAGGAUGGCCGGAUUGUGGAUGCAUUCAAGAUUGUCAAGAGUUUUGUGUAUCAGGUUGGAGUUCAAGUAGAUGGUCCCUUUUGGGAAGAUUUGAUUGGAAGGACUCUGGUUCAAGCUGAAACUGAUAGAGUCAUGUUGUUUGUUGAAAAAUUAGUAUCUGAUAAAGUUUGCCUAUAUUACUCUGUACUUUUACCUCUAAUAAGGGUGUUGUGCAAGUGUAAGUGUAAGUUUAAGGAAGCUCUUCACGCAGAAUAUUUGUUUGCAAAAUUUUCCAGGACUGAGGUAUUAAGGCCAACUCUGGAAUCAUACAACUGUUUGAUUGAAGGGUUUCUUAACGUUGAUGUUACUGACAAGGCUUGGGAUCUUUUCAAUGAAAUGAAAAGGGUUGGUUAUGCCCCUGAAGCUUUUACAUACAACUUGUUACUUGGUGCACACGGGAAGUCUGGAAAAAUCACUGAACUCUUCAAAUUAUAUAAAGAGAUGUGUAGUAGUGGAUGCAAGCCUAACACAGUCACAUAUAAUACACUCAUUUCCAGUUUAGUGAAAUUUGAUAGUGUGGAUGAGGCUAUAGAUUUCUACCAUGAUCAUGUAGGUCGUGAUUUCUCCCCCUCUCCUCACACAUACAGUUCACUCAUUGGUGGACUUUUAGAGACAGGAAGAGGUGAAGAAGCUAUGCUUUUCUUCGAGGAGAUGGCGGAAUAUGGAUGCAAACCUAACUGUGUGACUUUCAAUAUUCUUAUGAAUGGGUUUGGGAAAGCAGGAGAUGUGGAAACUGCCUGUCAGUUGUUUAGAAGAAUGGUUAAAGGAGGAAUAAGACCAAACUUGAAUUCUUAUGCAAUUCUUGUGAAUUCUCUCUGCCUUUUAGGAAAAAAUGAUGAUGCUCUGUGUUAUUUUGAGGAACUAAAGCAGAGUGGCAUUAACCCUGAUUCACUCUGUUAUAGUUUUUUGAUUAAUGCACUUGGAAGAUCAGGGAGGGUUGAAGAAGCUCUAUCUCUCUACACUGAAAUGCAGAGCAGAGGAGUUUUUCCUAAUCUUUACACAUACAACAAUCUAAUACUCGAUCUUGGGAAGGUGGGCAUGUUGGAGCAAGCUGUGAAAAUGUAUGGAGAACUACAGGAUAAGGGUCUUGAACCUGAUGUUUCCACUUACAAUGCUCUCAUUCUAGCCUACAGCACGUCAGGAAAACCAGACCAUGCUUAUGCAGUUUACAAGAAAAUGAUUGUUGUUGGCUGCGACCCCAAUAAAGAAACCUUCGAACAACUUCCUAAUCAAUUUUGAGUACCAUUUUGAAUAACUUUAUGUGCAACACAUGUUUAGAGGUUUUUGCCUGUAAUCCCUCUAUGUUCUACACAGUUAACAUUUUCUUCUCUGAAAGUGUUUUGAGGAUAGAAUCCGAUGAAUAUAUACAUACUGAGCUAACUACAAAAA